AAAUUUAUUUCUGUUCAAAAGGGUGCAAAAAUGGUCCGAUCCGGUGCUUUUCUUUUUCUUUUCUUUUUCUUUCGUUUAUGAAACCCAUCCCGGGAAUUCCAGGGGUUGGAAAGGGGUGGAAAAAUUAUUCUUUCGGAAAUCAAACGUAUAAAUUCAGAGUGAUUGUUAUAAAUGAUCUAUGUGACACAAAAAGUAUACGAUAUAGUACCAGGGAAAUCCUAGGACGGCGUUGUGGAGAGAUGACGAAACGUCAUAGCAACCCCACGAAGUGUAUUCGAUUCAAACUGCCCGCUUCUUCUUUUCCUUAGACUACUUAUUUGCAGUGGCAGUGGCGACUGUUGACACGACAUCAACACAAAUACAAACAAACAAGUAGAUGUAGCUUUGGAGUAAUGCUGUGUAGUAAAUGUUUUCACCAAAGCGUGACGAUAAUUUCGGCGUCUGAAUAUUACGAGUGUGGCCAUAUUCCGAUAGAUUCCGCUCUUUCAACACUCAUGUCGCCUUGAGUUGCCAUCACGAAUACUAAGUGUCACUUUCUCAAAUACUUGUCAUUUCCUUCUGGUAGCAACAAGGACUCACUGGUUUGUUGUCAUGAGUGGUUUCCAAUCAGACAAGAACAAGCAAGACGAAACUCAAAGGAUCCUACUGCGACAUGGAAAGAAAGGAAACUUCAAAUGGGCAACCUUCCAGUGCAAACGCUUCAGCCACAAUGGAUUUUGGCCGAAAUGAAGUAGCUUCCCAUCCUCAGAAUUUAAAUUCAGAUGUCUCAUCUAAUAUCCUUCACUCUACAAAUAUUAAUGAAUGUGUCAAUAGUUUGAUAGAUUGUACGUCUUGCCCAAAUGAAGUAGAAGGUCAGAGGCUGUGUGUAAUAAAGGAUGGUACUACCAAGUCCUUUGCUCAGAAGGUGCAAGGUCAAUCAUCUGGAGGAAGGACCUUAACGUUUUUAAAGGUAAAGGUCCCUGGAAAUCAAAAGGAUGCUGGUGCUGGAACCUUGCAAAAAUUAAGUGCUUCUCAUCCCCUACACAACCAAUCUGAAUCUUCCGAAAGAUCAUUGAUAACAGGCAAAAAUCACAAAAAGAUGAAGAAUCUACGCAGAAUUCAACCCCAAGACUCUCGUAUUUCUGUCAUUGAUGGGAGUAAGAAAGAGGAGUGGCUGCAAUCAGAGCCUAUGAAACAGUCAGUUUCCUGUAAAAGCUCAGCAUUGUUAGAAGAGGAUUUUCCAGACUUGGCAGUUGCCUUCAAAGCUCUACCAAAAUGCACUGUGAGGUAUGAAUUCGACACACCAGCACAGAUUGGGGAGAAAUGUGAUGAUACUUCACUCCAACUUUGCCAUGUGACUACUUCAAGUGGGCGAAAGUUCAAAAAGAAACAGCCUCGUCGGAGAGAUCCUAUUUCUGUCAACAUCAUUGACAUCAUAAAAAAAACUGACUCAUGCAUCAGAAUUUCACCAAAAAAUCUUCGUAAAAUUAAAAACAAAGAUCAUGAAAGAAAAACAUUAGGUGCAAACUAUUUGGACUCAUCAAACCCAGUUCGUAAAAGAGGAAAGCACAGAGAAGCAGGUCCCAGGAAAAAAAUGUCUAAAUUGAAGCACAUAAUUUUGAACGAACGAAUCAAGAAGCAAGAGCAAAGAGGGGGUCAAGUUAAAGAGAUUAGUUUGGAGCCUGAUGAGAAAGAAAAACCAUCAGUCACUUCUGUUUGUGACGGAAUUGUUUCUCUAAGCAUUGACCAAUGCAGUCAGCUGCUCAAAGCUAGUGAUUGUUCUCAUACUAGAGGAGAAAUCAGUGAUUUUGUAAACUCUGCCUUGUCAAAUAAUUCCGGUCCUCCAGAAGUGGCAAAUACUGUUCCUGCAAAAUUCCAGCUGAACAACAUCCCUUUGGGUUUUCACAGCAGAAAAUUUAGAGACUACUGUGAUAAUAUGAGAAGCAAGGCAUUAGAUGAAGCAGUCACUAAUUUGUUGAAGACAAUUCAUGGAUUUCAAGACCGCCAUUAUCAAAAGGAUCCCAUCCGUGCUCAUGCUAAACGACGUUUUGUUCUUGGCAUACGUGAAGUGAAGAAGUACCUUAUGCUGAAAAAGCUCAAGUUUAUUGUGAUAGCUCCUGAUUUGGAGCCAGUUAAAUCUCCUGGUGGUCUUGAUGAAACUGUGAUUCAGAUUCGAGAAGAAGGCAGGACUCAACAAAUUCCUGUUGUAUUUGCUGUAGGAAGGCGUCAAUUAGGUUUUGCUCUAAUGAGGAAAGUUCCCAUCAGUAUUGUUGGAAUUAUUAGUCCAGAGGGAGCAGAGGAACUUUACAGAGAAGUUCUGACCCAAUGGCACAUUGCCAUUGACAGUUAUCAAAAAAAGGUUUCAGAACUUUGCUGCUCUUCAGAAAUUAAGUAACUGUUGUGAUGCUUCCUAUUCUCAGUCAGUGUUUUUCUAUUUUAAAAAAAUUUGUUGGAUUCCAUUUUUUUUUCAAAUAAAUUUUUGAUACAUCUUGUAUGAUAAAUCAAA